AUGCAAUCCCAUCCCGAGCACGUCGCGCCGGGGAGUGAAGAGGGGAGGCGGAUAGCUGGGCACGCCGCCAGCUGGAGCGAGCUGGAGCGAGCUGGAGCGAGCUGGAGUCCAGCGGAAUGCUCGCCGCGGCAGACGCGUGCGUGCGGGCGGGCGGGAAGUGACGUCAGCCGGGGGCGGAAACAGCUGGCGCUGCGGCGGCGGCUCUCGGAGGGGAGGCACGCCAGUUGGCUCGUUCAGGUGUCGGCUGCGCCCGCGCCGCCGAGUCUGUGUCACGGCCGGCCCGCGCCGCCGAGUCUGUGUCACGGCCCGCCCGAGCCCGCCCAAGGCUGCGCCCGCGCCGCCGAGUCUGUGUCACGGCCGGCCCGCGCCCGCCCAAGGCUGCGCCCGCGCCGCCGAGUCUGUGUCACGGCCCGCCCGAGCCCGCCCAAGGCUGCGCCCGCGCCGCCGAGUCUGUGUCACGGCCGGCCCGCGCCCGCCCAAGGCUGCGCCCGCGCCGCCGAGUCUGUGUCACGGCCCGCCCGAGCCCGCCCAAGGCUGCGCCCGCGCCGCCGAGUCUGUGUCACGGCCGGCCCGCGCCCCGCCCAAGGCUGCGCCCGCGCCGCCGAGUCUGUGUCACGGCCGGCCCGCGCCCGCCCAAGGCUGCGCCCGCGCCGCCGAGUCUGUGUCACGGCCGGCCCGCGCCCGCCCAAGGCUGCGCCCGCGCCGCCGAGUCUGUGUCACGGCCCGCCCGAGCCCGCCCAAGGCUGCGCCCGCGCCGCCGAGUCUGUGUCACGGCCGGCCCGCGCCCCGCCCAUGCGUGCAAGCCAGCUGUCUGGAAGGACGGCUACUGACAGCGAGCUCUUACCCGUCUGCUCCACACGAUACCGGCUCGACCCUGCCUUCUUCAUCUAG